AUGGGUGAGGUAACCAAGUCCAUCGAGGGCCUGCUUUCUUUACCACAGAUCCGUAACCCAAACGACCCAAGAAUAAAGGAUCUAAAAGAGCUUGAAGCCAUAAAGAAGGCCAUUGACCAGAAAUCACAUUCCUCGGUGAGAAGAGAGCUUCAGGCUGGUCUUGGUUACAUGAUCCUCCAGACCGCAUUGUUCAUGAGGCUAACCUUCUGGGAACUCACAUGGACGUUAUGGAGCCAAUAUGUUUUUAUGUCACAUCUAUAUACUUCAUGGCCGGUUACUCCUUUUUUACUCAGGACCUCGAAAGAGCCUUCCUUUGAAGGGUUUUACCAAAGCAGGUUCGAGUCUAAACAGAGGAAACUGAUGGAGGCUCAAAAUUUUGAUGUUGGGAGGUAUGAUGAGCUGAAGAAGCUGUUUUAUCCAAAACCUUCUUCAGCUGCUGUUUCCAAGAUUCUUGGAAGUAUACAGAAUUAA